AUGCCCGCGUCGCCGAAGGACUUUACGGAUUUGAGGCAGACGUCGCUGAAAUCCCAAAGGGAGGACGGCCGCCCGAGCCUCUUGAAAAUCCGCUCGGUGGACUCAAAAGAUGUGGACGCUCUCAAUGAAGAGGAGAUGCAGGUGGCUUUUGGCCGCGACAUAUGGACCUAUUUCGCCAUCGUCAGCCUCGGAAAAAUUGGCAGAUGGGAUACGUUGUUCACGAUGCUUCUGGUGCUGGUGAAUGUGGCCAUGCAGGUGGCCUUCGUCAUCAUCCUGAUGUCAGAAUACUUCCUGGAACGACCAUUUGAGGAGAAGAUCGGGUUCGCAAGGGUCUGGCGCACGAGCGUGGGACACGACGCGAGGCACAUGGACCUGGCUCAGACGAGCUUGGUCUCACGGGUUUGCCGAGGAGACGGUUCCCUUAUCGUAUCCACGAUCCAGGCUGAACUCGUGGAGCAAAUCAACAAGUUUUUAGGCCUUGGCGAUGACGAUUUUGAGCCCAGCGCCUUUAGCCCAGGUACGAUGCUCAGUGUUCUGUGCAUCCUUCUUUGGAGCUUGCGAGUUUACAAAGAUCUUCGACGUUUGGGGCUGGUCCUUGAGGCUUGGUCAUAUCUUCCCAGAGCUGACGACACGGUGCUCGACGAAGAGAACGGCUUCAAAGUGAUCUCCGAGAAUCGCUACUAUGGAUUCGGGACCGUCUCAUUGUUUCGCUUUGGCAUGGAUGUUAUGCUGCUAGUUGCUGGGGUCCGCCUCUUGGCGUCCACAACAUCCAUCUCAAGUUUGAUUCUGGAUGCCGUCGCCCUGGAGGCGAUCUUGGACAUCGACGACUUUUUGUUCUAUGCCCUGGCACCCAUGAGUAGCCGGCUGGCCAUCCAAAGCAUUCAGCCGAUGAAGGUGAAGAUCAGUCCGAGCAGGAGCCAGGUGGAGUCGUCAUUCAACUUUUGUUUGCUGGCCUGUGCCCUGCUGUUGCCGUACCUCUUCAUGCUAAAACCUCUGGGCGAGUCCAUGAGCACGGUCAAGUUCGAGCUGUGCGGUGGAAUGCAAGAGUUCGUGGUCUCAUACAACCAGGACAUUCAGAUGACCUACGCCCUGCAGACGGUGCCGGAGAGGGGCGUCGAGCUGUUUCCAAGCGAAGUGGCUGUGAAUGACUUCAAACACAGCUCCGACGCCUUGCCAAGAUACAUGGUCUUCUCGCCGACUUCGCAGGCCUUUGACGCGGAUCGGGUCAGGCCCAUGAGCGAGGAGGCGGAAGUCUUCCCCAUCUGCUUCGAGACCCAGGUCUUGCAAGAGACAGGCCGGGUCUUCCGGGAUCCCGUGGCCAUGUCCCUGAUCGAGCCGCGCUUUCAGUCUGCCGUCGCCCUCUGGGGCCGGAAUGCCACCAGUUGCGAGGAGAUGCGCGACCUCUGUGACCAUCCGGACGCCCGAAUGCUGCGCUAUGUGUGCGGUGGGACCUGUGGCUGUGCCUCCCCCGGUGCGUCGAGCUGGUACAAGGUGCCUCGUCAAGGUUGCUCAAGUAGCUGCCUCCUUGAGGCGGAGGCGAGCAUGGCCUGCAGUGACGUGGCGCCCACGGCUCCAGGGUGGCAGUCGUUUUGGAUGAACUACGUGCCUGUCAUCUCCUCGUUUUUUGGUUGUGAAGACAACGACAUCAUCGUCUAUCAGACGCCACGAUUGGCUUUUAAAGUCGUCUCAGAACUUGGAGCGGACACUUCGGGAAAUCCGACUGUUUAA